AUGCGGCUGGGUGUGUGUGUGUGUGUGUGUGUGUCUUUCUGUCUCUGUUUCUUUGUCUCUCUGUCUGUCUGUCUUCUCUCUUCUCUCUCUUCUCUCUCUGUCUCUCUGUCUCUGUCUCUCUUCUCUCUCUCUCUCUCUCUCUGUCUCUCUCUCUCUCUCUCUCUCUCAUUAUCGAUUUCUGCGUUUCGGUUGGAUCUAAUCCAGCUAAUGUGGACAAGCUUGGGUGGUCAUGUGCCCCCGAUGAGCUUGUCCUCUUGCGUUGGGGUCGUGUGCACGGCGAUCAGAUCCAUUCAGCCCUUUUGA